UAGAAGCGGAAAAGCGAAGUGAAACUAUACGUGUAAUCGAAGGGUUGCGAAAGCUAACGAUGGAAUAGAAAUAAACGCAUAAUUUAUAAAUUUUAAUCUGAGUCGAAGAGUAAUGGGAACAGUUGCAUCAAGUUAAUCACAGUCAAUUUGUCCAGACAUAUGACAAUACUGAAAAUUGAAGCCUGGUAUAAAUGAGCUAGUGUCAUAUUUUCAGGUGUUGAAUACGAACCAGCUGCUACGUACUCAAACAUCUUCACUGCAUAAGUUGGAGCAACAUGCAGCAAGAAGGAACCCCUAAGUAUUUGAAGUUUCAUCAGGGCAGUGUUCGAGGUGUUGCUUUUAGUCCUAGGGAUCGUUAUUUGUUUUGCUCUGGUGCAUAUGAUGGGAAGGUCAAUUUAUAUUCUGCUCAGAGGAUGGAGUUAUUGAUGUGUUAUCAAAUAUCAACAUUAGGAUUAGCUCGAAAUGUCAAUGCUGUUCGAUUUACCAGUGAUGGAUCUAGGAUCCUUGCAUCUACAACUGCUCGAAGACUAGCUGUCAUAGAUGUGGAGAGAGGAGAGCAAGUUAUGUCUUAUGAUAACUGUGCCUUUAAUGGAAGAGAUCGUGCUGGAUUAGCUGCAGAUCCAGUCUGUCCUAAUAUGGCUGUCUGUAGUUGUGUUAAUGGAAAAGGGCUUACAUUGUUUGAUCUUAGGAUGCCACUUCCCUUGGAUUUUGUUUAUGAUUUACACACUAAUGUUAUAAGAGAUAUCACAUUCGUCCAUAGUAGUUGGCCCUUUGUUAGAAGCCAGCAGAGUGCUAUUCUUUCCCUUUCUUGUGAUGGCGUUUGCAAGGUAACUACCUUAGAUGGGCGGUAUCUGCAUUGUUUUGAAGUUGGCCACAGUGCUAAUUCCAUAGCUCCUACUCCUGAAACCUAUGGAACUGGAGCAGCAGAUGGUUUUUCUAGUUGGAUGAUGGUUGGCGGAGAUAUAAUAUCAGGUUAUAUACCAGAUGUUGGAGUGCACGAGCGUUUGAGAGAGCAUGGAAAUGUACCAAUUUGGAAAUUACGGUACACCUCAAAUGGUGGACUUCUUUAUACUGCUUGUGAUGGAGGAAUUGUCCGAAAAUAUCGGAGGUACCCUGACCAUCAUAUGUACCUUGGGGAAGUAUAUUCACAUAAAGGUGAUAUUCAAGAUAUGGAUUUAUCCCCAUAUGAUGAAUUUUUAAUCACAGCUUCCAAAGACAGAUCAGUUGGAAUUCUUCGAUUAGGAGCACCCAAUCAUGGAUGGACUGAGUACAGUGAGUUGACCUGAUGUGUUAACUGAAUUUUAGAACCUAUACAUUUGUAAGUUUUUAAUAUCACAAGGAAGUUCAAUGUCAAGCCUCUGUAAAGAAUCAUUGGAUGAGGAAUAGGGUAAAACUCAUUCAAGAAUUCUGUGACAUCUACAGUACAGAUAUGCAGAUUUUUUUUAUUAAGGCAAUUUAAAUGACUCAUUUCUGUAUGAAUUUCCAAGGAAGAAUACAUUUCCCACGCUUUGUUACUUUCAUUCAAAGCAUAGUGUGUUGUCCGUUAAGCUGAGCAACUUUGAUCUAUCAAGACAGCAUACAGGUCUCCUUUUUAUCAGGACGUAUGUGAUUAAGUGGAAUAUUUUGUCUUCUUUUAUUUCAGCAAAAAUAUGUUACAUGAGAAAUAUAUUUUACAUAUUUUGUGUUAUAUUACAACCAUCUCUUUAAUUACAUGCUUUGUCAAAUAAAGUAUUUUGUAUAUGAAAAGUUGUCAACGAAUUACUAAUGUAAAGUAUUUGUGGAAAACGAUUACAUUUUGAAGUUGGAUGUAUUCAUUUUCUCUAACAGGCAGUGCAAAUAUCUGUGAUAUAUGCCUUUGUGAAAUGAUUAUGAUUAAAGAAGCUGACAUUUUAUCAAAGAAAUUCAAACCUCGUUUUAGGAAGCAUUUUACUUCAAAGUUUCUAUUAUACAGGAAUUCUGAACAAAGCAUGACUUCUGUUUCUGGAAUAGGAAAUCUUGGCAAAAGUAUGCUAAAUUUCAAUUUAAUAUAUACUGUCUUGGGGGAAGUUAUGUCAAAGUUUUGUAUUUAUAAAACAGGAAAUCCCAUUAUAAAAUAUGGUCCACAAAUGGUCAAGUGGAUGUGAAUGCUGGUAUUUUAACCAUCAUUAAAAUCCUUUCAAAUAGGCUGGCUGCAUGGGCAUUUUCAUGGUUUUCCCGCCAUGUGUCAUGUGAAUACAAGCCAGUUUUCUUCAAAGGUUCUUUAUGAAUAGAUCCUUCCCCUAGGUUGGCUUUACUGUGGCAAAAUCCAAUCCAUUUUCAUAAUGAAAAUUUAUCAAUUCCAGGAAAAAUAAAACAUUGCUGUGUAUGUAAAAACUGACUGAGAAAAUUUCAUUGCAGUGAGUAUAUUGAUCACAAAUGAUCCAAAUGUAAUAUAAUUUGCAUCCAUAGCCUUUGAUAGUUCUUCAGUUGAGUAGUAAUUUGUAUGCGUUGGGUUAAGUCAACAAGUGCUUUUGUCAACACGUGCACAUGCGUGGUUUAGAUAAGUUAACACUUAAAACUUCUAAAUUAUUUUUACAGGUGAGCUUUUCCAAGUGCUUUGUUAUAGAACUGUGUAUCCCAGAAUAUUCAAUAGGAGAGUUUUAGCUAUUAAUAUAGAAAAAAAGUAGCAAUUAAUUAUCAUGUGUCGUUGAAAACAACAGUAAAAGGUUUUAUGUGAAAUAAUUUAGACCGUUUCCUUUGUGCUUUUAAAGGAAAUACAUGAAAAUGAUGAAUAGUAACAAUACCGGUUGUUAUAUAAUGGUUAUUAAUUAAGGUUAUUAAUUAAUUAAUGUUAAUUAAUUAAGUGCUGGAUUUCUCUUAAAUAUUCUUUUAAUUGAGAUUGUGUAAUUUGAUUUCAGUCUCUGGGAUAUUCAUUCUUGUCAAAUAGUCAACUUACUAUCAUUAUUCUGAGCAGUUUUGAAAUCCAAUGUAUAUCAAAGUAAGAAAAGCAUAGUAAACAAUUUCUACUACACUGUUGAUUUUUGGUUAUUUGAACCUAACUUAGAAUAAUGUUUUGUUUUAUAAAGAUUAUAAAUAUUUACAUUAGUUUAUUGUAGUUUUCGGUUUAUAAUUCUUUGUUUUAGGAUUUAGGAAAUAAAACAUGUAAUCAUGAUAUUCUGAUGGAUCAGUAUGUAAUGUUAUUGUCAAGUAAAAAAUAGAGAGUAUUAUAUGCUGUUAUGGUAUGCAAAUUUAAACUGGAAAAUGCAUUAUUUAAAUUAUUUUCUAUAUUCUUGUUUGCAUUAUACAUUUCCCAAAUUUAAAACUAGCUCAUUGUUAAAAAUCCCCUUUUCUUCCAUUAGUUAUAGUGUUUUAUUCUCGGAAUGUUAAUAAUGAUGUGAACAUCUGAUAAUUAUUUGAUAUUAAAUAUAAUAGAUUCCUGCUUUCAUCUUUUAUGCUGAAACCAAUUAACUCAUUUUUUUAUAUCAUUCUUAUGUCAUGACGUAUUUAUAACAUUUUAAUUUGAUCUCCUAAAUUGUUAAAAUGUUAAAAUAUGCAUUAGUUAUAAUCUCAUUCUAAAGAAUUAUUACAAUUACCCAUUCACAUAUCUACAUGGAAAAGUAUACACACUUACUUUUUAACAUCUAAUAUUAAUGAGAAUUAAAGAAAUACUACUUUAAUCUUGGUAAAUAUAAUCAUGGUAACUAAAUAAAAUUAAUAAAUUACAGUAACUAUUUUUACAACUAUUCAUAACACCCAUAUAUAAAUUAAAAUUAAUUUCUUCACGUUAGAAUUUAAGUAUUAUUUACAAAAAAUUUUUCAUCAUUAAUUAGCAUGAAAAUUUUAGUUUUAAUAUAACGGUAGAAUGGUCUUUCCAAACAUAAUAAACAGGCGUUAUCUUUCUCCUUUCUUUUAUUGAAGUGGUAGUCAAACCAGUUAGCGGUAUCUUUUCCAUAAGUAAAAUUUUAUGAUAAAAUAUCAGAUUUCCUAGUUUUAUUUUUGUAUCUGAUUUUUGCAGGGCUUGAUAUUGCUAAUCUAGUCCUUUUGCUAAUUUUUAGUAUUUAUUAUAUAUAUAGCUGUUGAAUUUUUGAUUCAAUAAUUUUUUAAGCUUACUAAGGAUAUUCACAUAUUAGGGUUUGUGCAAGUUUUACAUCUAAUAAGGGGGCCUUUUUGUAAUUUCUAAUUGGUUAUUGAUAUAUUAUUAUCGUAGUUGGUAAGGAAUUAUUUCUCUUCUCAAUUAAAAGUGCCAAAACAACUCUUAUCGUUGUUGUGGGUGGCUUUAUUUUUUCCAUUUAAUAUUUUAAGUACAUUUGUGAUUACUUUUACAAUGAUAGCUUGAUUGUGGUAAUAAUUACAUUGUGGUCUUUGUUUUUUUUUUUUUUUUCUGUGAAUUUUUUACAGUCUGCUAAUCUAUGAUGUUUAGCAGCUGUAAAAAAUUAGUAAAUUUUUUAACAGUUUAAUAUUUAUUUUUGUGUCAUGUGUAUUAUAAAUCCAUAACUUAUAUCCAUCAUUCCAUUUGUUUCUGUUUUCAAAACUAUCAGUUCCCAGUUUUUUCUGUAAAUUUGCUCAUAUUUCAUAUGAAAAGGUACUGAAUGUAUUUAGUAUUUGAAACCUGUUGAUAGCCAUAGAUGUUAGAGGUAUUUUUCAUUUAGUUUGCAAUUCAACUUGCUAAAAGUUAUAUAUUCAUUAUAUAGUAAUUUUUGGCAUAAAAAUGGAAGUUAUGUAAGUAUGUUUGAAUUUGCACUUUUGUUUCAGCAAUUAUCUUAAAGCAUUCUAGUGCCAGAGCAAGCAUGAUGUUUUAAUGAAAAAUGCUCAAUUUUAUUACGUUAUGUUAUGAAAAAUGGGCAGUUACUACAGGUUUUCUUUAAAUUGUCAUUAGCAGGUAGUUUUGAUAAGUAGUGACAUCAUUUUUAUUGUGAUAAAUGUGUGUGUAGACGGAUUCCACACAACCAUUUUAUUGAUAUCAGCCUAUCUUGUGGAAUUUAGCUUUUAAAAGUUUUCUGUGACAUCAUGAAAUAAUUUUAGUAAGAUCACCGUUUGUAUUAAAUUACUCAUUGAUGCAUUCAUAAAAUAUAAACAUAGGUGUUCUUACAGUAUCUGACUAAUCUCUCCUCAGAAUUUCUGUAUUUUAGUAACUGUGCAUAUUCUUUGCUUGAUGCAACCUACUGAAUUAAAGUGGCUUUAUUAGCAGAUAUGCACUGCUUUUAUAGUUUGUAUUUAAGUUUUGUGUAUUUGUUUUAAGUAAUUAAUGUGUAAAAUGCCCAAAAUUUUAGUAUAUUUUAAUAAUGAACUUACCGAUGCCCUCCCUGUUAUCCAAAUCUGUAUGGAAUAGUGAUUGUGUGUAUACAUACAUGUGUGUGCUUGUCUGAAUUGCAUUUUGGGAAGAUGCCUCUCGUAUAAAAUCAGACAUUUAUUUUGAAACCUGCCAUAAAAAUAAAAGGCACCCCAAAGCAUUAAAUUAUAUCAUUGAAUAUGGGGAAGAAAAUAUUUUUUCAAAAUAUAAACUAUCACCAGCAAUUGACUUUAGCAUUUAUGUUGGCAACAGUGGAGUAAUAUUUAAUUGAAUGUAUUUAAUAUUCAUUGAAAGCCUCCAAGUGCGAGUAGUCAUGCAGUACUUACUUAGUAUUAUACGAGGCCCUUUUUGAAUUGAACAAAAUGUGAUGAACAUACAAUGGACUCUACAUUGUCAGUUCAAGUCACCUUAUGGAGAUGUUAAGCCAUACUGUCGUAAUAGCCACUCAUUAUUGCCUAGACAUUUUAAGUUCUUGUUUAUAAGAAGUUGGGGGUCACAAUUAUUAAAUGGUUAGAUAGUGACUUGCACUGUCUAUUGUUGGUGGUAAUUCAUACUGUGAGUAUUCUCAGGAUACUUACGAUGCCAUGAUUGAUGAAUUUAUAGAUUGCUUAAAUUUGAGUGACUGAAUGCGGUAUUAGUUUGCUGUGUCAUUCCAUGUUUAAAAUCUGAUGAUUACAUCAGUUUGCCAUGAUCAUGUUAGAAGCUAUUUGGUACAUCAUUACUGCUGAUAAUUGAAUAAUAUGCACUAUCUUAUGACUUUUAGCAUUUGUGUAUAUUGUCUUUUAUGCAAAGAAUUUAUAUCAAGGUAAUGCUGAGUGAAAUUAUGUAAUCAUAGCAUUAAUCAUGCUUUCAUUUUUUAAUAAAUGUUUAUAAAUAAACAUUUAUUAAAAAUAACACAAAUAAUUUUCAUUAUUACUAAUUUGUGUCUUAUAUGCCAUAGAUAUGCUUUCUUAAGUUUACUGAACUGUUAUUUUUUUACUUUAUUUUCAUAAUUACGAAUUUUGUUUUCAACUCUGAAAUACUUUAUUUAUAUAAAUCCUGUUUUCAUUGAAAUAAAAUUUAUGCCUUCAGAUUGUUAUUAGUUAAUAUUUUAUGUAGUUCUUAUUAUAUUAAGAUUUAUAAAUAACAUUUGCAUAUUUAGCAGAAUAUUUUUAUGAUUGUAUUGCUUUGUUUUCCUGAUCUUUCAUUAUUAGGCAUACUAUUUGUGUGACUUUGGAACAGUAUCGCAGAGAAUUGUGAUUAAAAUGAUUGCAUGUAUGUUAUUAUUUUCAUUUAGAAUAUAUUAUGAAAUGGUAAUAUUAAUUCAACCUAUAAACUAUAAAUGUUUCGUGGUUGCAAAAUUAGAACUUAGAUUGCAUUGCUACAAAAUCUGAUCUCAACAGUAGUAUAACAUAAUUAAUACUAAAUGAUGCAUUAUAUGAUAUGGUUCAGCAGGUAUGCUUUUGAGCACUGUUUUGUUAUAUGAUUAUAGUCAUUAUUUUGUUUUAAUGAGAUGAUGUACUUAUAAAGACAAAUAACAUAAAUCAAAGAAAUAUGUCAGAAAAUUGCUAAUCUCAUCAAAAAUGCUAGUUUUAUUGAAUUGUUUUGAAGCUUGUUAUAGGAAACAGGUUUUUGUUGCAAUAUUAAUACCUUGCCAUACAAAUCAAGUUGAUGUGCUUAAAAUUGUAGAAAUAAAACUUUGGAGUAAUAUACACAGGGUGUUUCAGCAAAUAGGUUACACACUUUCAGUAGAGUACACCUAGAUGAUGGAAAAUCACGUAACAGUGCCUGGUUCAAAACACAUUAUUGGUGCAGUUGUGAUGCCACAAAAAAGGAAGAACAUGAACACUGCGGCAAAACAUGUUUUAUUAUGAUUAGUAUAGCAGAAGUCAACAAAUAAGAACAAAAACAGAACCCAAUUGUCAUUAAAGAAGGUGUUCAAAAUUACGACCUUGGACUGUCAUGCAAGCCUCACAAAUCUCCAGUGCAUGAAAGAUCUGAAUUAUGCAUGGAAAAUGCAUGAUGCACGGUUCUUGCAUUACAGUGCAGGUAAUAAUUUCAAACUCCUCUCUGAUGACAAUUGUCUUUGUUCUUAUUUCUUAGUUUCCACUGCUGCACUAAGCAUAAUAAUUAUUCUCACUCUUUUUGUGUCCUUCCUUUCUUGUGUUUUGUGUUGUCACUACCUCAACCAGGAAAGUGUUUCUGAUCGUGCAUUGUUAUGUGUUUUUCCAUCUAGGUUCCGUCAUCUUUCCUGAAAAUUCAUAACUGAUUUGCUGAAACACCCUGUGUGUAUAUAUGCUUGCUUUAUAGUCUAAACUCAUUUUUAAGUGUGACCAUAAUUUCCUGGCAUCUAGGAAGUACCAAAAAUUUGUCUUGACAUUAACAAUAAUUGAUGCAUUCUAACCAUCACUGCAUGCUCCAGGAUUAAUAUUGGCAAUAUUCUAUAACCAUCAUCAGUCAGAACUUUCAGUUUGUAAACUGUGCUUAUACAAUACCAAUUUUUCAUUUACAAAUUUUAAAUUUUCCGAUUGAUUUAGUUUAAAAGUGUCUUCAAUACUAUAUAUAAGAUUAUCAUUUACUGUAUGUGGAAAUGAGUAAAAUUUCAGUUUAUUUCUGAUUCAAAUAUAUAAUUUUGAAGUUCAAACAAAUCGAUUGUGAAAGAAAUGAAAUAUUUAAAUGUUGGAAAUAUACUGUAAUAUUGCAUAUUUUCAGUUUAAAAAGCUUCACUAUAAGUAACUGAAUACUAAGGCUAUAUUAUUCAAAAUUUAUUUUCCAUAAAUAUUUGAAAAUUAUGAAGCAGAAGGUAAGUGUCCCACAAACUAUAUUAUAUGCAUUUCUUAUUAAUUGAGGUUUGUGUCUGACAAUUUGGGAAGUUAUUCGUUGUUGUGCAUGUAUAUGCAUAAACAUGUGUAUUAUAUAUAUUAAUACACAUACAUACGUAUACAGAUGUCUUAAUAAAAAUUUCAUCUCUUUCACUUUAUAUACAUUUUGGAAAGCUUAUGUUUAUUGUAUAUGUGUUUAGAUAUGUCAAAAUAAAGUGAUUUAUUUG